UGGCGCUGUUCGGGCGAAAGGGAGCCGACCAGGGUGCCGACGGCAUGAACGCAACGCCGUGCGCUUGCUCACGGUCGACCGCCGCCGGCUUCUCAACGACCGUUUGCUGCGCGGCGCUCAUUCGCAGCUCGGCGUGGUCGUGCUGCGGCCAAGCCUACUAUCACUACAUUGCACCGAGCCUCCUCUGGGCUGUCUUUCUUGGCUUGACGAUAUAUGCCCAGCUGCGCCACGAUCUCUUUCGCGACUUUGGCCGGUCCGCCCACGAGCUCCACGACAUUCAAACCCAAGCGCUUGGCGUCGUCGUCGCAAGACGGAAACGAGUCAUAUUUGGCAAGCCCGUGCACGACCCGCGGCGCGGUCUCAUGCUCGGCGCCAUGUGGGUCGAGUUGGGUGGGUUCAGCUACUGCCCGCUACAACUGCUCCAGUACCAGCUCUGGGCUGGCUCGCAGAUCGGCCACUUGAAUGGCGACCUCCAAGUCGCGCUCUUCACCGUCUUGAUAUGCCUCUUGCUGCUGUCAUCCCUUCCGUCACAGGGCGAGCACCACCGCUGGGACCGUCCGCUCAAAGUAUCUCGGUCGUUCCUCUUUGACUUUGGCUUUAUGACGUUUGUGUUUACGACGCUGAACGUCGCGGGCUGCACCAACGGCGUCGACGACGUGCGUCUCGGGUCGAGCCUCACGUGCGCGAGCCCGUUGACGUACUGGAUCGUGCUCCCGCUCGGGAUCGCUGUCUUUGGCUGGCUCUACUACAGCACAUUAUUGUACAAGAAACAGCUCGCCUCGGAUGUCUACGCCGUGAGCUUUCGCUUCCAACCAUCGUUCGAUGCAAUCAUGGCCGUCACGCGCACGCUCGGUGGGUUGAGCCUCUUUACGGUUGAAAAAUGUCUCCUCGUGCUCGACGCGUGGUGCGUCUCGGUCGUGCUGAGUCUUUUGUACCUCGUGUACUUUGGCGCGCUCCUCCGGCACAACUACAAGUGCCAACCCUGCUUAGGGGUCGGAUAUUUCCCCAACAACUUGCGCGCCGUGUCUUUUGCAACGUCGUGCUAUACGGCCAUCGUGCUCCUCCUUGUGUCGCUCAUCCAGCUCUAUCGACACCACGAAGGUGCCGAUACGCCCGAGUGGACGCUCGUGCUUCUUGCGCUCGGCGCGUACCCUGGCGUGGUGAUUUUCAUCUGGCGCUGGAAUGGCCGACGCGCACGUAUGUUUCAAGUGCCGAAUGUACCGCUGCUCGACGGGCUUGCGCACGAGACGGACCGUGUCCGCGCGAUCGCUGCCGUCAGCGUCACGCUCGAGAUUGGCACGCGCGACCCCGCGACGCUGAAAGCCAUCAUCUUGGCGCUGGACGCGACGCUCCGUCGGCACGAUAUGGUGGUGGCGCCGGCGUAUGCGUGCCAAGCACUGUGGUUUCUGUGGCAGAGCCAUUUUGACCUUGUCGACAGCAUCUCGGAGAGUACGUCCGACCCGAUCGUGCCGUCGGGUGCGUGGGCACGCCUUCUGGGGCAAGUUGCAAGCCGGGGAAGCAUUCUCAAUGCCAGCGGCAGGUUGCAGGUGGCGCAUACCCAGUCCAGGCGGCGGCUCAGUACGAUUCGACUGGGAUCCGUGAGCAGCUCUGUGCUCAUUGAACUGGUCGAAAAGUCGCUGGACGUCACCCCGGCUUUCCCAGGCGCCUCGCCAAACCGGAUCACGGCCGACCUCGACGUAUUUGCAUGCUUCGAACACGUCCUUGCCAAGCUCGCAGACCUCACGUGGAGCGCGUCGCGCGACGCACGGUUCCUUGCGAGCAAGGUGCUCCACGAGAUGUACCAGGCAAACGUCGUUCGACUCGGGGCACGCACCUUCUUUCGCAUGGCGGUGGCGCUCACGACCGUGCCACUGCAUGCCAAGGCAUAUGCCGCCGCCAAGACACUUGCCAAGCUCUCGCGAAGCCACAGUGACGGCUGGAUCGCGUGGCUCGUCGCUGACGACGCGCAUACCCUUGGGACGCUUGUCGAUGCGCUGCGACUGCACGUCGACGACGUGGAUUUCUUGCAAGAGCUCCUGCCGUUUCUGCUCCGCGUGCUCCGAACCCUCUUGACGCUCGGCAUGAAAGGCCCCAAUCCGACUACGUACAUUUCAAAGUCGGUGGCCGCGACGUUGCUCGAGCUCCACUUCGCGCCGCUCCCGACCGAGAUUGCUAUCCUCGUCGACGAUGUGCUCUUUGCGCUGCUUCAAGUUUGGGACAGUCGAAAACCAUCGGCCAACACGGGGCGGCGGUCGUCCAAAGCCCGCAUCCUCCCGGGCAUGAGCGGCGGGCGACGGCUCUCACGGGCCCGUAUCCUUCCCGGCAGCAGCAUUGGACGGUCAUCCGAAGUGGUCCACGCGCCUUUACUAAGUGCAGCGCAGCUCCAGUCUCUCUACGACCGCAAUGGCAUGCGAACGUCCGUAAAUGGCGGGCGGACGCUGCACCACAAACCGUCCAGUGCGUGGAUAGCGGGAAAGUCCGACGACACCUCGUCGAAGAAUUAGACGCUGUUGCAGUAUACAUGCAGAACCUUACCGUGCCA